GGUGUGGAGUCGGUGCAUGCACGCCAAGGCGCAAUGACGUGAACCGCGGCCGGCUUUCACGACGUCGAAGUGCACCUCUACGUCCAUUAUCGGCAGAGUACGCGCAUCACCAGUCGCGCCCUGUAUAGCUCUAUCGGAACCACUACCAGCACUCCAUAACAUAGAGCUGUCAGCUUCUAAUCGCUUGCAAUCGCGACAUUUGCAGUGCCAAACCUUCUUGCAGCUACAGGCACUAGCGGAGUGGAUAGCAGCAACCAGCAAAAUGAGCGGGCCAACAGCUAAGAGCAAGAGAGGGCCGACGGUGCUCAUGACCGACAGCCGCGACGCUGCACCCCGAGCACCCCAACGACCCGGCGCGGUACAGCGACAGGCGACGGGCGCGCGCUUGAUCUCGGUGGACAACAUUCUGCAGUACGCCUCGGACAUUCCCUCGCAACAGCAGCGACGCGGCCCUCCCGGCAACCGCCCCAUGAUGCACACGCGCACCCCCAGCGGACGCCAUCCGCUCGAUCCCAGACUCUCUGGCCGCCUGAUCCCCCAGCACAUGCCCACGCGCUCGAGCAAGCUCAGCGAGAAGCUUGUCCUGCUGCCCGAGACGGACGGACAGGAAGAGGACGAGAAGGGCGACUUUGACGACGAUGAGUACGAGGGCCCGCCCACCGACGAAGACCUUGCGCGACGGACGCCCAAAGGCGGUCCAAACGACAAGAGCUAUGCAGAGCGCCUGCCCAAAGCGAGGCGGACGGACAAGCUCUCGCGCGUCACGGCCUACUGCACUGCCCAGGCCUACAAGAUGAAGAGCACCGCCCAGUUCGUCAAGGACACACACAAUGCACGUACCAAGCUGUACGACGACUGCCUCUACACCGUAUACCACCUCCCACUGCUGCCAGGAAACGAUGGCUACCGAGUCCGCAGUAGCCCGGCGCUCAAGAGCCCAGGUGGAAAGACGGUACUCGACGAAGAAAUCGAGCGCAACGAGCAGCGCGAUCACCACGAAGGCUACUUUGGCGACGACGAGACAUACUACGUGCGCGACGACCACGAGCUCGACCAGCCCUGGGAUGGCAUGCACGACCGCCGCGACUCGACUGAAAACUCUAGAAUUGCGCCCAAUGCUCUAACCUUUGGCGAGAUGUUUGUCUUCUCCUACGGCAUCGUAGUCUUUUGGAAUUUUACCGAGAAGCAGGAAAAGGACAUCUUGGCCGACCUCACCUUCUCCGCCGUCGCUACCGGUAUCAACAUCGCAACCCGACCCUUGGCUGAAUCUGACUUCGAGACGGAAGAGUUCCAUUUCGAAUACAACCCCGAGAUCCAACGUCCCCGCGUAUACAACGACAUGAUUACCCUCAAGAGCGGAGACCAUAUGAUCAAGCUGGCUAUGAGCCAUGCCAUCGCGCAGAGCACCAAGCUCAGUCUGUUUGAAGAAAGCAUGAGCCGGACUAUGCUCGCCGCGCAAUACGUACCGAAGCGCUUAGCGUUGACGGGAAAGCUGGGCAUGAGGAGAACCGACGUAGUCAAGAUGAUUGGACAGCUCUUCACCAGCCGUGUGGAGGUGAACCUAUCAUCCAAUAUGCUCGACACCCCAAGCUUCUUCUGGGACUCUGAACCCACCCUCCAUCCACUCUACACCGCCGUCCGCGAGUACCUCGAAAUCAAACCCCGCAUUCAAGUCCUCAACGAGCGAUGCCAAGUCUUCUUGGAUCUGGGUGAGAUCCUAUCCGACUCCAUCAGCGACAAGAAAAUGACCAAGAUUACGUGGAUCAUCAUCGUACUCAUUGUCCUGAGUAUCUGCAUAACGUGUUUGGAGGUGUUGCUUCGGUUCGCUAUAUUGCAAAAAGGCAGGACCAACGUUCCUGUGGCUGGAGAUUUGGAAAUCAGGGCCGUGGGUGGACUCAAGGGUAUGGGUCCGCCCGCGUAUGCUGGCCCGGGUCUACUCGCUGCGCGUAGUCUGGUUUGGUUUGGUAGUGGGGUCAAGAGUCUACUUGUAGGUUAAGCAUAAGAUGCGUGAUGUAGUACAGAGGAAGGAGAAGGGGUAAUAUAGAUUACGGGGAUAUGCAUCAAGAGUGUCGCCUCAGACAUGUCUUUGGAGGCCUAGUGCUAUUCGGUCGCUUUGUUAUCAUUGUUUUAGGCAUUAGCGAUGGGCGUUUUCUGGUCGGCGCCAGGUGUGUUCUUUGGUUCUACAAAUUCUAGACUGGGAACACGAGUAAUAUUCCAGGGCCCGUUUCCAACCCAAAUACAUCAUAAGCCUACCUUCGCCAUCUUCCC